AACACGGAACGUUUUUCGUGUGACAUCAAAAUGGCUGCGCACUAGAGAGUGGUCAAAUUCUUUUAAUAAAAAACGAAGGGUCAUGCUACAUCCGUUUAAACAGAAACAACUAUAGUUUGUCAUCAGAAUUGAAGGUAUUUUUUACAGCUGUCAAAUGGCUUUGUUCAGUGAUGUCUGCCGUAGUGUUCGCACGCUGUUAGGUCAAUGUCAAAGAUCUGCGGCUUCAGCGGCGUGGAUUCAUUGUCAAUCAUCUCGGAAAUACAGUCAGGCGGCACCUGAGCCAGAACCAGUGGUUAGUGAUAAUGAAGCCAUCAAUAAAACAUUUGUCAACCGAAACCCAAGAAACCUGGAACAGAUGGCCCUUGCAGUCAAGGAUCGAGGCUGGGCUACAGUGUGGCCCUCUAGACAGUUUUAUCACAGGCUGGUGUUCAGGCGCACACAGCAUCACAUCACAGCUGAGGUGUUCUCAAGUGACUCAAUAGUUCCUGUGCUGUCUUGCUCCACGAAGGAGUGGGCAUUGAAGCGCGAGCUGUGCUCCACGCGGUCUGUAGCGGCUUGCCGGGCCGUAGGUGAGGUGCUUGCUCAGCGGUGUCGUGAAGCAGGCAUCACGCGGAUUGUUUAUCGAGAGAUACCGUGGAAGUUUCGCUCGGAGGCCAAUCAGACGUUUUGGACGGCCAUGAAGGAGGGUGGCGUUGUGCUUAGUGAACCAAGGCGAAAAUUCAUUUAAAUAGCAGGAUUUUGUUGUUGUUGUUAUUACUCUCUUGAAUAAUGACUUUGUCUGUAAAUAUAAAUAUUCUCAUCUUUCAAA